CGAUCUCCACUCUGCCGCUGCAAAUACCCUUCAUCUUCCCCUGCGCCGAUCGCCCUUGUGUGCGCCAACAUUCCGGGCUCCAUUCCGCCACCAUGGCUAGCCCUUCAACGGCGGUCUCGCUCCCCUCCGCGGCCUCCUGCCGCGCCCGGACAGUGCUCGCGCUCCCCACCCCAUCCGCGCCGCGGCGGCGCAGCCCUGGCGGCCGCGCGAGGCUCGUCACCACCGCGGCAAUGCCGGCUCCGGAGCCCAAUAAGGCGCGCGUCCUGGUGGCUGGCGGCGGCAUUGGCGGGCUGGCGUUCGCGCUCGCCGCCAAGCGGAAGGGGUUCGAGGUGCUGGUGCUGGAACGGGACGUGAGCGCCGUCCGCGGGGAAGGGAGAUACCGCGGCCCGAUCCAGCUGCAGAGCAACGCGCUCGCGGCGCUCGAGGCCAUCGACGCGGCCGCGGCCGACGAGGUCAUGGACGCCGGCUGCGUCACGGGGGACCGCGUCAACGGCAUCGUCGACGGCGUCUCCGGCUCCUGGUACAUCAAAUUCGAUAUGUUCACUCCUGCAGCUGAGCGAGGGCUGCCCGUCACAAGGAUCAUCAGCCGCAUGACGCUACAACAGAUUCUUGCUCGUGCGGUUGGUGAUGAUGCUAUAUUGAAUGAAAGCCACGUUGUCGAUUUUAUAGAUGAUGGCAACAAGGUAACUGCCAUAUUGGAGGAUGGUCGAAGAUUUGAAGGUGAUCUUUUGGUUGGAGCCGAUGGAAUAUGGUCAAAGGUGAGGAAGAAGCUAUUUGGGCAUUCAGAACCCACUUAUUCAGGUUACACAUGCUACACGGGAGUUGCAGACUUUGUGCCUCCUGAUAUUGACACAGUUGGGUUUCGAUUAUUUCUUGGUCACAAUCAAUACUUCGGCUUUUCAGAUGUUGGUGCUAGUAAAGUGCAAUGGUAUGCUUUUCACAAAGAAGUGGCUGGAGGAACUGACCCUGAAAAUGGCAAAAAGAAAAGAUUGCUCGAGAUAUUCAGCGGCUGGUGUGACUUUGUUGUAGACCUGAUCAAUGCAACUGAAGAGGAAGCCAUUCUUCGCCGAGAUAUAUAUGACCGUCCGCCAAUUAUGAAUUGGGGAAGAGGUCGUGUGACCUUGCUUGGUGAUUCUGUCCACGCUAUGCAGCCAAAUCUGGGCCAAGCUGGCUGCAUGGCUAUUGAGGAUGGUUACCAGCUGGCUGUAGAGCUUGAGAAUGCUUGGCAGGAGAGCGUCAAUUCUGGAACUCGUGUGGAUAUAGUUUCUGCCCUGAAGCGUUACGAGAAAGAAAGAAGGCUGCGUGUUGCUAUUAUACAUGGAUUCGCAAGAAUGGCAGCAAUCAUGGCUACCAUUUAUACACCAUAUUUGGGUGUUGGUAUGGGACCUUUAUCGUUCUUGACCAAGUGGAUCAAAUUCUCCAUCAAGUACGGAGUGGACAUGAUGCUGAGCUGGGUGCUUAGUGGCAACAGCUCAAAGCUAGAAGGAAAACCUUUGAGCUGCCGACUUUCUGACAAGGCAAAUGACCAGCUUUAUCGAUGGUUGGAGGAUGACGAUGCAUUGGAAGAAGCCAUGUGUGGAGAGUGGUACCUCUUCCCCGCAAGCGGAGGAAACAACACUAGCUUGCAACCCGUUCGUUUAUUCAGGAAUGAACAAUGGUCACUCUCUGUUGGGAGCCAGUCAGAUCACUGUGACUACGGGUCUUCCCUAUCAUUGUCCUUGCCACAGAUAUCACAAAGGCAUGCUACCAUCACGUGCAAGAAUAAGGCUUUCUAUGUGACUGAUCUCGGAAGCGAACAUGGUACAUGGAUUACCGACAAUGUAGGUAGACUUAGCCGCGUGCCACCGUACCUCCCAGUUCAUUUCCAUCCCUCUGAUGUCAUUGAGUUCGGUUACGAUAAGAAGGCCAUGUUCCGGUUGAAGGUUUUGAACACACUCCCAUAUGAAUCCGCAAGAAAAGGGAAGCAGCAGCUGCAGCAGCAAGUUCUUCAGGCUGCAUGAAUGGAGACACUAGCCACCACUCCUGACGUCAUCAUCAGCCAAUACAUAUACUUUACAGCAUACAGUAAACACGCGAUACUGCAUCACUGCAUCAGGGAAAGGUGAUAGAAGAUACGUAGACCAGAUGUGAUUUUUGCAUCCAUCUAGAUGCCAAAAGGGAUUUUACAUACUAGCAGCAGCUCUACGAAGAAGAGCUGAGUAGUACAGUAGGCAUAAGCAAUUUAGCUAUUGCGGGACUCUGUGUAUUGUGUCCCAUCAAAUAAAACAUUAUACAUUUAUACCCCGAGAAGGCAUCACUGUAA